GCUGUUGCCAGACCUGGUUUUAAAAACCUUGAUGGCGGUGAUCGAUUCAGCUGCAUCGUCGUUGUUUGUUCUGUUUUCUAUUUUUGUGUACGCGAGAAAGUUUUCCUAGCCGUGUGACACAUACAGCGCGAGUGAGUGCAAUUUUUUCACAUGUCGAUCGGAGUGAAUUUACGUGUGACGGGCCACACGUCGAUCGGUGGUCGCAAAUACCAGGAGGACUACUUUUCCGUCGCCUAUCAGCAAACGGAGAAUGAUCAAAACUUGGAGUACGCGUACUUUGGAAUUUACGACGGGCAUGGCGGUGCGGAAGCGUCCCUGUACGCCAAGGAGCAUCUGAUGAACACGAUCGUGAGCCAGAAAUUGUUCUGGUCGGAGAAUGAUGACGAUGUGCUGAAAUCUAUACGUGAAGGCUACAUCCAGACCCACUAUUCGAUGUGGCGCGAGCAAGACAAAUGGCCAAAAACAUCGUCCGGACUGCCGAGCACCGCGGGAACCACCGCCAGUAUUGCGUUUAUUAGGCGUGGGAAGAUUUACAUCGGUCACGUAGGAGAUUCUGGGAUUGUGUUGGGCUAUCAAAAUGAUAAGGAAUCGGCACACGAUGGCCGCUGGGUAGCAACACCUCUUACCGAAGAUCACAAACCGGAAAGUUAUGCGGAGAAGAUGCGUAUUAUGAGCUGCGGCGGCAAGGUCGUCACAAAGUCCGGUGUGCCGCGUGUAGUAUGGAACAGGCCGCGCAUCGGCCAUAAGGGUCCGGUCCGAAGAAGCACACCGAUAGACGAGAUUCCAUUUCUGGCCGUUGCUCGAAGUUUGGGUGAUUUGUGGAGCUACAAUUCGGCCAUGGAUGAGUUUGUCGUGAGUCCCGUUCCGGAUGUAUCGGUCAUUGAGAUCGAUCCGAAGAAGUACAGGUGUCUUAUAUUCGGUACCGAUGGUUUGUGGAACGUAAUGUCACCGAAGAACGCGGUCGACAUCGUACGAAAUGCGGAAAUGGAAAACAUACGCAUCGCGCUAGAGGGUGGAAAUGAAUGGAAAAAUCCCAGCAAGCUGCUGGUGAAUGAAGCUCUCGACCGGUGGAGCCGCAGCAACAUGAAGGCAGACAAUACGUCCGUCGUGAUCAUUAUGCUUGACCCCCCGGGGCCACCGAAGCGGGAUGUGCUGAAAUCGGUUAAAGAUACCAUCCAACACGUUGCCAGCGAUCAGCUCAGUGCUGGACAAAGUGCGGUUGGAAGCAAUAUUAUUCAUCUGUUUGACUGCAUCACCCGAGGGGAGUCACUUCCAGCGAUGUCGGAGAUGGACAGCUUACGGUACAACGGUACGCACCACAGCUUACAGUUGCCUCACAGCUAUCAGCAUGCGCACCACAGCGCGGAGGAGGAGUAUUGUGAUACGGAAGGACCGGAAAUUGAUCCCCGCGCUGUUCGCCAGCAGCAGCCGGAACAGCAGCACCACCAAAUGGCACAUCUGCAACCAGUGGAUCAGUAUAGUCAUGCCCUUCCAUCUACUUCGUACCAGGAGCCGGAACUUUCCUACACGGAUAGCUUUGCUGAAUCGUACAACACGCUGCUAAGCCGUAGCUUUGAAAAUACGGACCACUCAUACACAUCACUCUUUCAUCCGGCCGCUGACCAUGGUAUAGAGGCCGAAGAUGUGGCAGAAUCGUACCGAAAUAAAGCCACCAUGGUGGAGGGUGUGUCGCACGAGGAAGAAGAUGAAACGAUGUACGAUUAUUCGACUAUUUCGUCCGACGAUGAAACGAUCGGGGCAAGUCAAAUCCAAGAUUCAACCUACUCGCUAACAAACUUACAAACCAAAUCGGAACGAUUGCGAGCAGAGUUCAUAGAUUCGUGCAGUUCCCCGGAUGCGUAUUACCACCAGCAACGCCAGCCGGAAGAAAGUACGGCAUUCAGUACGGGGAAUUUGGCCAUCAUCGAGCACUUUCACAACUAUCAUCAUCCUGCACCGCUCGGGUACGACGACCAUAGUAGAAGCAUAACGAAUACACAUGAUCCUUCUCAAGAAACGGCAGAUGUUCCGGCUCGAAUCGAAUCGAUUGGCGGAGCGAUGAGAAGUGUAACGCAUCACAACUACCACCAGUACCAGCUAGACCUGGACGAGCAAUAUCACCAUCAGCAGCCGCAACAUACGGAUUCUCACUAUCAAGAUUACCAGAUGGAACGGUACGAUUACCGACAUCAUCCGGUCAACAAUAAUGGCGGCACCGUAGUGCCUUGUGAAGCAACAUGCAGCAAAUAUGAUUCCAAGAGCGAGCAGCGAAACGAUGUGCCCAUUGCCACCGAAACGUCCUGCGAAAAUGAGGACGAAGAGGAGCAAGAGGAGAUGAAGGAAGCAAGUUCAAAUACCUCUGGUGCAGCUGUCCACCCGCAUCAGCAGAUCAUUUCCAUCCACGGUCAUCGAAUCCAGAUAAAUGAAAUAUCUUCCUCGUUCGUCGGUAAAUCCACGAAAGUGCUGCUGUCGCACUCGGACAGUGAAAGCACCAGCAGCACCGAUGGUACCGGUUACAGUGGUGAUGAAGAAAACAGUGCCUCCUCAACAACCUGUUCAUCGACGGGCGUAAAGCAGAUGGUUGUGCCUGUGCUGGUAAAACAACGGUCGCGAAAAUCGGGACCACCGACGCGCGUUAUAACGAUCUUCUACGAAACGCGCAGCAGUCGACGUCAGUCCCGAGCGCGCAAUCAACCAUCCUCCUCCAACUUUACCGACUUUGGUCGUAAACGGACGGAACUGAAACCAUCGCCAUUCGGUGGAAUUGUGAAGCGUAGAAAAACGACCACGGUAAUGCGCGCAGCACAGGACACGAUUGAGCACGAAAAAGCAUCGGUGGUUGUCGAUCGUACCGAUACGUUUGUGCGAAGAGCAUUACGCUCGAAUGGUGUGGUAAAUGCGGCAAGAAGCAUGUUGACAUGUACGGGACAACAAGGCAAUAAACUUCCCUCCCCUGCUGGAACCGAUCGCAAUCCAUCCAUGGCAAGCUGCCACCAACCUCGACGAUCAGCUUUGGUGGCGAAUGAGUUCGGUGUAAGCACUACCACCCCUAGCCGGUGUCUAGCGUUACAGCCGGCGCUCAAAACAUCCGUUGCCGAGAAGGCAGAACGAUCGCGUUUAAGUAGGAGCGGUUGCAAUACAAGACGCAUGAGGCUUGAUGAACAACAGCAGCAGCAGCAGCAUAUCCAAAGCGGUAGCAGCAGCAUAUCGAAGAAAACGAUCACUCGUGAAGCAUUAGAACUGUUGGAAGGUUCGAAGCGAGCGAAACAGUUACGCCGUGCCCAAUGACCAAAGGCUUAAAGGAGGACGUCUUCGAUGUCCUCUCAUAUCCCAAUCCCCCGAAACGGCAAUAGGUUUGUAGUUUUCUUUACACUAGUUGGUAGUAAUAGCUAGAGAGAAAAAAAGCAAAACAAGCAAACAAAAACAUAAGAAAACGGCUGUGAGCAAUCGUAUUUCAUUUUGAAUUUUAUUUUCUCAUUCGCAAAACUUGCGAUAAUUCGUAAUUUCUCGUUCUCGCUUAUGGUUUGAUAUAUUCAUCACAAACGGUUUAAAUGGCGGUGUUGGUUACAUCCCUGUAGAUGUAGACAUGUCGUCGGUAGCAAGAUUGUACACUCUCAUUUAUUUCUUAAUUUUAUUACAUAUCUACGCGGACAGAACGGACAUGUAUUUAUGAGCUGUCUGCGCGUAUGAAGCGCAUGCAUAAUUGUUGCAUUUUAUUCAUUUCAUCAUCACAAAACAACCACGUUCCUACCCGUGUGUGGCAUGCGAGUUAAUGCGGUAUCAUCUUAUGUCCAUAGCUUCAUUUGUACAGAAAAUAAUUCCUUUUCUUCAUCACGUUGUUUCCAAUAUUUCUCGUUGUUUUCUACAUUCAUAACGUGUUUUGUGCGCGACGAAUAAAGGUGUUUGUUAACAAGCUGUACAAGGUGCAUUAGUUAUGUAUGUACUAGGAUAGGGAAAAACUGCUAUAUUUUUGAAACCAUGUAACGCAGCACACAAACCUAAACAGGCAUUGUAACAAGUACAACGGGAAACCCCCCAAAAUUCGACACAUCGGAUAGUAUAACAAGUGGGACGAAAAGCACUGAAUAUAUCCCAUUCUUAGUAGAACUUCUUUGCAGAGAAGUUUAUUUGCAAAUUGUUACGUAUGCAUGCAUAUAGUUACAACACUAGGCCAAAGUAGAAACGAAUUUUUGUGUUCAAAAAGUGCCUGUGACUGUGGUGAAGAUCGACAGCAGCAGCAGCAGACCGCUGUUGUGCCUUCCAUCCACCGUUACACUUUGUUUCGAACACAAAUCCUCUCGAUUCAAUCAGUCGUUAAUUAUCCCGAUUUCUUCAUGUGUGUGCAUGUGUGUGUGUGUGUCUGUACGUGUGUUUUAGGUGUAUUUUUGCAUGCUUAUGAUUUAUGAUGGCAUCGUUCGUUGAUAAUCUGCGUAAUCUGAUUAAUAGUUUAUGCUAUCCUCUUUGCACCAACCACAAAAGGCCGUAGUAGAAAAUCAUUCGUUACAGAUGUGUGUUAGUAAUUCGUGGCGUAUUCCAAAGGCGUUUGGACAGGGUUGCAAAUGACCCACAAUGUUACAAAUGCGCUUAGCAGAAAUUUUACCGAUUUUAGUAAUAUUAAUAUGUUCUGAAAUACCGAUGGGCGAAGAGACGUAGCAAAAAACGUGUUUUGUGCAAGCAUAGAUCUUAAGCAAAAGUGUUUUAUUUUUUUGUUUCUAUAUUGUAUCGUGAGGAAAUAAAUAUUUUGAACUAA